AUGAAACACCUAGAGACGGUCUUCUCCAUACUAAGACAACAACAGCUCUAUCUGAAGGCUUCUAAAUGUACAUUUGGAGCUACUGUGAUUGAAUACUUGGGCCACUUUAUUUCAGCUGAAGGGGUUAGCACGGAUCCAGCUAAAAUCAAGGCAGUUACGGAUUGGCCUACUCCAACUAAUCAGAAGCAACUGCGCAGCUUUCUGGGUCUCACCAACUAUUACCGUCGUUUCAUCAAAGCUCUCACUUCUGCUCCAGUCUUAGCUCUCCCAGAUUUUGAAAAGACCUUCGUUAUUGAAACCGACGCAUCAAACACAGGAAUUGGUGCAGUGUUGAUGCAAGAUAAUCAUCCGAUCUGCUACAUCAGCAGAGCUCUUGGGCCACGCCACCAAUCCUUAUCGGUCUAUGAGAAAGAACUCAUGGCUGUGAAGAUCUCCACUCCAUUCCAACAUAUGUGGCUAUCCAAGCUUAUGGGGUUUACUUUUGAGAUCCAGUAUAAACAGGGAAAAGAGAAUUAUGCUGCUGAUGCUCUUUUUCGUGUUACAGGUUCUCAGUUGCUGCAGACUACCCUCUCUCAGGCUCACCAAGGGUUCUAUGACUCCAUCCAACUACUCUGGAAAACCGAUCCGCAGCUUCUGAAGAUUAUUUCAGAUCUCUCAGCAAAUCCAAGCUCCCAUCAUGCGUACACCUACACUAACGAUGAGCUUCGCCGCAAGGAAAAAUUGGUGAUUGGUAAUGAUCAAACCGUGAAGCUACAAAUUCUGGAAUGGCUGCACGACUCUGCUGUUGGUGGUCACUCAGGUCGGGAUGCAACUCUCCACAGAGUGAAAUCACUGUUCUUCUGGCCGAAGAUGAACACUGAGGUACAGAACUACGUUCGUAACUGUGAUGUUUGUCAGCGAAACAAGUAUGAUCUUGCUGCAAAACCAGGUCUGCUACAGCCUCUACCUGUUCCAGAAGGGGUUUGGCAAUCUAUCAGCAUGGAUUUCAUCGAGGGGCUCCCUCCUUCCUCUGGUAAACAUUGCAUCUGGUGGUUAUUGAUAUACUGA